AAACGGGGAGAGAGAGAAAGAAAGAGAGAGAGAGAGAGAGAAAGAGGGAGAGAGAGAGGGAGCCCCAGCGGAGCGCCCGCCGGUGCCGAGCCCGGGCCGCGUCGUGAUGCGCACGGAGCGGCGCGCGACGCCCGGGCCGCCCCUGUCCCCGCACCCGGACUCCCGCCAGGUGGCCGCGCUCCAGCCGCGCCCGCUUUCGGCCGCCGCGGCGUUCCCCGCCGGUGGGGCCCCUCGCUCCCCAUGGGGCUGCGGGAGUGGCUGAGGACCGCGUGUUGCUGCUGCCCGUGCCCGUGCCUGGAGGAGCCCUCCGCGCCCGAGAAGGAGCCCCUGGUCAGUAAUAAUCCAUAUUCCUCAUUUGGAGCAACUCUGGCAAGAGAUGAUGAGAAGAAUUUGUGGAGCAUGCCUCACGACGUGUCCCACACGGAGGCAGAUGACGACCGAGUCCUGUACAAUUUAAUUGUUGUUCGCAACCAACAGGCCAAAGACUCAGAGGAAUGGCAAAAACUCAACUAUGAUAUCUACACAUUGCGACAGAUUCGAAGGGAAGUGAGAAAUCGGUGGAAGCGCAUUUUAGAAGAUUUAGGUUUUCAAAAGGAAGCCGACUCUUUGCUGUCAGUGACAAAACUCAGCACCAUCAGUGAUUCCAAAAACACAAAAGAAGCUCGAGAGAUACUGUUAAAACUGGCAGAAGAGACGAAUAUUUUCCCAACAAGUUGGGAACUCUCAGAGAGAUACCUCUUUGUGGUGGACCGUCUUAUUACUCUUGAUGCUGCAGAAGAGUUCUUUAAAAUUGCCAGUCAAACUUACCCCAAAAAACUUGGGGUCCCCUGCCUGGCAGAUGGCCAGAAAGAGCUGCACUACCUUCCACUUCCAAGUCCCUAAAGUGACAAUUGAAAGGAGCCAUCAUUGGAGUCUUCCACAGAAACUCGACAGCUCACAAAGUUGGAUACAAGCAUGGAGAAGAGAGUGAGCAAGGAUAAAUUUACUAAGUGAACCAUAAUUCUGAUUCCUACAAACACCUAAGGGUUUGGAUAUCUGGUUUUCCUGAGGAAAACACUAAUUGCUAUAUGUAAUGUUCAAACUACAUGAAAACAGCAUUGCAUCAGAUAAUUGGUUGGGAAUAUUUCAUCAUUGGGGAACAGACUCCAAGAUCUUGUUGCUCUAGUUUUUGUUUUGUUUGUACAAUAAUAUCUACUCAUUAAUCUUAUUCGGAGAAUGAAAUAUUCUGCCAAGUAUAAUAAGAUUAAUAGAGUUUCCACUGAGCCCAGAUUACCAAAAAUAGUUGUUCUAUAAUAUAGUCUAAUGAUAUCAGGGAUUAUAUGACCUUUCCUUUAUUUUUAAGUGCCUUCCGAAUUUCUGAGGGAGUCAGAGGCAUCAUUUUGAUUAUAGCCUCAGUUCAGAUUAUCCAGAAGAGUAGAUGUAACAGAUGAAAGAACCAUCUAGGAUUGCUGCUCAAAGUAAGUUAGUUCCACAUAGAAUGGCCCCAGGCAGAACUUCCUGUGACUAGGUAUCAAGAAGUUAUUUUUUCACAUGUGGCACAAUCUUCUUUAAUUCUCAACAUUAUUGAUGUCUUAUUACCUCAUUUUGGCAGAUCAUCUACUUUUAAUCUACUGGCCCUUGAUAUCUUAUCUGGGAGAACUGAAAGGUUGGGUGCCCUCUUCCUCCACUUUCUUCUCUCUAAUCUGUUUCUGGCUUAUCAACUGGAAUUUGAACUUGUCUGGAACCUCUAUAGUGAACUAGCAGCUCUGCAGGCAGUGUUGCAUUGGAGAGGUCACCGCUGAACUUUCUUCCUUUCUGAAGAUGGUUUUCAUGGUAUAGCAAUACUCCCCACAUAAUUUGUUUUUGUCCACAAGUCAAGAAGUCCAGCUUCAGUCGUUACCUCUUGAACUAGGAGUUUGACAAGAAAUCAAGGCACAGUUUAUUGAAACAACUUGAGGAACUUGUGGGCUCUAUCAGUCAGUUGCUGAAAACCAUGGCAAUAUUUUUACUUUUAUAGAUUUGACUCUGUGACUUCAGGCUAAAAAGUAACUUGUAUUUAGUCUGUUGAAGGCACUUGAAAAUUUCCAUUUCCAAGCUAGCUCUUUUGGUAGUGAUUGCAGUGUUAAAAGUGCUUGUUAGUGGAGACACACAUGUUCUCCUUUUAUUAAUGCAUUGCAGACCAAUUUAGCUGACACAAUUCAGGAAAAUCCAUUCUAGUUUAAUAAGCUAAAAGUUUUAUUUUUUAUAUUUAGAACCUAACCCUUCUCUCACAUGAUUUAUAAAUAGCCUACAGAUACUUUUCCUUACUUUCGUAGGCUUUUGCAAGAUAAAUAUACAAAGUACAACAAAUAAAAAUAAGUAAUAAAAAUAAUAAAAAUC